CUGAAAUAACCCACUCGUGGGUAUUUUAAGAAACCUGGUUCUCGCCAAAGGCCUUUUAAUUUGAAACCAGCAACUGACAUCAUUGACGCAAUUGUAUGUUUUUUGUUAUUGGUUUUUAUUUUUGCAGAAAGUCUUUUAAUGUGAAACCCGGACAUGCCACUUGUGCAUUCCGCGCGGCUUGACGUCGGCGCGUAUGCUGGCGUGUGACAGACAGACGGCGGUGCAUCAAUGUCUUGGGCACCACACGCCCGGACCGCUUCGACUCUCCGGCUGCACGCAGCCGGCCGUCCGCCGUACGUGAUCCGUGUUGAGGAUGUGGGAGCCUUCUGGUCCCAGCCGUUGCCUGCUGGUGGUCUUCAUCAUCGCCGCUCUCAAGGCAAUCUGCGCCGCUACGACGCUACCGCCGUGCGAUGAGAUGGACUACUACUACCAGUACACCGAGUGCGACGCCAUGGGGUCCCGCUGGAGGGUGGCCAUCCCGCUCAAUCCGGGCACCUGCUCGGGCCUCCCGCCCCCCAGCAGAGGGACGGACUGCAGCUUCUCAUGCUCGGCCGGCCAGUUCCUGGAGAUGUCCACGCAGUCGUGUACGCCGUGCGCGGCCGGCUCCUACUCGCUGGGCAGCGGCCUGCGCUUUGAUCAGUGGGACGCCCUCCCUGCCGGAUUCAUCAGCAUCGCCAGCUUCCUCAACGCCAAGCCGCCGAACGGCGACUUCCAGGCGUGUAGCAACUCGACGUGGACGCCGCAGGGCGUGUACCUGGAGUCCAACCGGGACGAGUGCACCGUGUCGCUGGUGUACGUGGUGCACCUGGAGAAGCAGGGCUCCGUCGCCUUCACCUACCAGUACCCCGACAACAACAUCUUCUUUGAGUUCUACGUCCAGAACGAGCAGUGCCAGGAGAUGAGCCAGAGCGACGAGCAGAAGUGGAUCAAGGUCACCAACAAUGGAGAAUGGGCAACGCACGCGAUCAACCUGUGGGCCGGCACCAACAUCCUGUACUGGAGAACGACGGGCAUGCUGCUGGGUGUCAAGAUGAUCCAACCCGUGCUGCUCAAGGACAUCAAAAUAGAAGGCGUGGCCUACACGUCCGAGUGCUUUCCCUGCCGCCCCGGCUGGUUCAGCGCCAGCGCCGGCUCGUCCUCCUGCCGGCCGUGUCCCAGCGGCACCUUCUCCGGCAAGAGCGCCACUUCUUGCACCGCCUGCCCCCCAAACCACUACUCACUGGAGGGAUGGGCCGAGUGCAAAGUGAGGCCGCCGUGUGACGACCGGGACUAUUUCCAGAUCCACACACCUUGUGACAGCGAAGGAAAGACGCAGGCGGCGUACCGCUGGGUCGAGCCCAAGAUCUGCGAUGAGAACGGCGUCGGCGCCGCGGCGCUGCCCGCCUCGGGGCCCGCGAAGCCGUGCCCGCCGUGCAACCCGGGCUUCUACAACAGCAACGACUCCACCUGCUCGCCUUGCCCGCCCGGGACCCGCUCGGACGGCACCUCCGCAUGCAGGCCAUGCCCCUCAGGCACAGAGCCGGUUCUCGGUUACGACUACAGAUGGUGGAACAUCCUGCCCUCCAACAUGAAAACGUCCUGCUUCAACGUGGGGAAUUCCAAAUGCGAUGGCAUGAACGGUUGGGAAGUAGCAGGCGACCACGUCCGCAGCGGAGCCGGCUCAUCGGACAACGACUACCUGAUCCUCAACCUGCACGUGCCGGGCUUUAAGGUGCCGGCGUCGCUGUCGGGCAUGAGCGGCGGCGAAGUGGGUCAGAUCACCUUUGAGUUCGAGACGCUCUGCAGCGCAGACUGCGAGUUCUACUUCAUGAUGGACGUGCACAGCAAGAGCACCACCGUGGUGGAGUCGUGGAACGGCAGCAAAGGCCGCCAGUCGUAUUCGCACAGCAUGAGCAGGAACGACUCUGUCACCUUCACGUGGGCCUUCCAGAGGACCAGUCACGCUCUGGACGUGCGCCGCUACGUGGGCGACAACGUGAAGCUCUUCUCCAUCCACGUCAGCAACGUGCUGGAAGGCGUGGCCUCGAGCUGCCGGGCGUGCGCCCUGGUGCCCGACACCGCCCGGCGGGCCGACUCCUCGUGCGUGCCGUGCCCGCCGGGCUUCUACAUCCACGCCGAGACCAAUCGCUGCCAGGAGUGCCCGCCCGGCACCCACCUGGCCGGACGCCACACCUACGGCCGUGAGGCGUGCGUGCCGUGCGGGCCCGCCAGCGUCAGCAACCGGGAGCAUUCCCGUUGCUACAGCGACUGCUCCUUCUCGCACCUGCACCGCAACCGCACGCUGACCUACGACCUGGCGGCGUUGAGCGAGGUGGCCUCGCUCACCCUCGACCCCAGCUUCACCACCAAAGGCACCAAGUACCUUCACCUUUUCAACAUCAGCCUGUGCGGGCACCAGGGCCGCAGAGAGGCGGUGUGCAGGAAUAACCUGACCGACUUGGGCAGCGUGUUCAGCAAAGAGGAGCAGGGCAUCGGCGACACCGCCCAGCCGGCUAACGCCGUGGAUGGCUUCAUCUGCCAGUCCACCAUCAUCCCGGCCGACGGGCGUGGCUUCCGGACGCCCAUUUCGUCGCAGUCCGUCGGCCUGGCGGACACGUUUCUCGGAGCAUCGGUGGAGCACUUCCUCGACGGCGUGAGCGCAGACGCCGAGCUCUUCCCCCAAAACACCAACAGUAUUCCUGAUAUUAACUUCUUCUUCAGGUCGACACAGGUGACGGCUUCGUGCGAUCAAGGCCGCAGUUCGGUCAUCGUGGUUCGCUGUAAUCCCCAAAAGUCGGAACGCGGCGAGCUCUCUGUGCCCAGCUCCUGUCCUGCAGGAACGUGUGAUGGCUGCGCCUUCCACUUCCUGUGGGAGAGCGCCAGUGCCUGCCCGCUUUGCACGCGAGACGACUACCACCGGCUGGACAGCGCGUGCAAGGGGGGCACCCAGGAAACUUUCUACUUGUGGAAUGAGCCCAAGCUGUGCAGCAAAGGCGUCCCACUACCCCCUAGAAGCUCCGCCCCUUGCGAGUCUGUCGCAUUGUGGCUCAAGUUGGUCAUGGGCGGCGGAGCGUUUUCGGCCGCGCUGCUCGUCACCCUCACCUGCUAUUUCUGGAAGAAGAACAAGAGGCUGGAGUACAAGUACUCUCGUCUGGUGAUGUCGGCCAACAAGGAGUGCGAGCUGCCCGCCGCUGACAGCUGCGCCCUGGACGAGGACGACGACCCAGACGACAACGACGACCCCGUCUACACCCGCAAGCCCUCGCUGCUGGGGAAGCUCCGCGCUAUCGCCAACAAGCAUGAAGGAGGUGACACCAGUGAAUCUGUGCAGCUCAACAGCUCCCAGGCGGACCGCUGGGUCCUGCGAUAGUUUUCCUGGAAUCACAUAAGCAAGAAACGCUCAAGUCAGCGAUUUGAUGCACCUUGGGUGUCAAGUGUGAUGGGAUGUUUGGGUUGGCAUGGGGAGAGGGGGUGGCACACGGACCUCUUUGUAUUUUUGUUUUUGUACAUUUUUAUUUGGGUUUCUUUUGCGAGUCGUGUAUUUAUACCAAUGUCGUUUAUUAAAGAUUAAUAGAGUCCUUUAUGA